AUGAAUGUCAGGACAAUCGCCCAGGUGGCACAAACCGGACGUGUCGCAGGCGCCAGCCUCACCGCUGUGAGGAGAACCUACGCCAACCUGGCCUACAACGCCGCCUCGCAGCCAACCAGCGGUGAGGCCCCUACCCUGGACAGAAAGCUGGAUUCACUCGAGGAGCGCAUUCAGGCACGCAGGGAUGCAUUGUCUGCCAAUAAUAACACCAACGCCAAGCCCUCUACCUCGGACGAUCAGUCGCGCACGGAGACUUCCAGCACUUUGGGGGUUUCUCAGGCCCCCAAGAAGGGCAUCAUGUCGAUCCUGCCUGGUAUCAACAGCGCCUCCAAGUGGAUCAAACAGCCCUCGGUCGCCGAUCCCGAAUUUGAGGUUGUCAGCGCAGGAUUGGGAUCGAUGCUUCACGUCAGAUUGCCCCAGCGUUCAGAGCUCUAUGCCGCACCUGGUGCUGCUGUCGGAAGCUCGGCUGAGGUCCAAUCGGAGCUCUCGACUGUCACCAACCCAUUGAAGGCUCUUGGACGUCGCUUGGCAGGAGGAUCAUUGCACUUUCAAAAGGCAAGUCUCGGGAGAUAG